AUGGGUUUCCACACCAUGAGCCGCCUCGCCACCUUGGCGCUCCUUUUCACCUCUGUCGCGGCGGUUGCUAUGCCUAUGCCUAUGCCGCAGCCGCAGGCCCUGGGGAGCUGCCAGGCGUGCAUGCCCAUCAUUGAAACCGCAAGGAGAUGCGGAUACGAAAUUUUUUCUGGUUACUACGUGACGGUGGCGGAGCUCAAUUGUUUGUGCGGUAUGGAUUCAUUUGUGGAUGAGUUCAAAGCAUGCAUAAAAUGCGCAGUGACUAUGGAGCAAAUGUCCACCACCGAAGGAAUGGUUUACAGCGAUGCAUUAGAGGCCAGCUGCCGUUCGAUAAUAUCGGAUGGAGGCUCUGGUGGGGGCGGAACCUAUAGCAGUGGGGGGAACUCUAACAGAACCUCUACCGGAGGAGGAAACUCUAACGGAGAGGGACGCAACUCGAAUGGGGGGGGCAACUCGAGCGGAGGAAACAACUCGGACGGUGGAAACAACUCGAACGGAGGAAACAACUCGAACGGAGAGGACAACUCUGAUGGAGGGAACAGCUCUAACGGAGGGAACUCCAACAACUCUGGCGGAGGCAACAACUCUGAUGGAGGGAACAACUCUGAUGGAGGAAACAGCUCUGACGAAGUCGAGACCUCUAACGGAGGAGGAUCCUCUAACGGAGGGGGAACAAACAACGGAUCCGGGAGCGGAACCAACGCAGCCGGGACCAACAACGGAGCUGCCGACAACUCGAACGCAGCCGGAAGCACUCUUUCGAAUGGUGUUGAAGCUUUGGCCAUGAGAUCAGGACAGUUGAUAUUUGGGGCGAUAUUCGCAGCUGGGUUAGGCUAUGUUCUGUAA